CCGCCGGAGGCGAGGUUGGCAGAGCGAAGGGAGGCCUCAGGACCGGUGCGCCUGCGCAGUGCGCUCUCAGUCCCUCAGAGGCGGUAGGUUGGCCUGGCUUGGGCCUGCGCUCGUCUCGCGUUCGGCGGCGGCAGAAGAAGAAGAAGAGGAGGAGGCGGCGGCGGCCCGAUGGCCGAGAGCACGCGCCAGGCAGUUUUCUAACAGAACACAAGGAGCGUCAAUCGCUAUGCAGAGUUCAGAUCUUCAGGACACGAAUAGCGACUUGAAAAGCGAAAACAUGGGCAAGGACAGCGAGGCCAAGAGUGAGCAGCCGGCUGACUUCAGUACAGAGAUCAUGAGUGUCACGGAGAUGGAGCAGUCCCCUGAUCACUCUCCUGGUGUCAAUGCCCAGGAGGAGAGCCCCCAAGACAGUGAGGUACCAGUCACUGAAACAGAGAAGACUGCUGAACCCGAACCGGCGUUCCCUCUGGAGUUUGAAAAAUUCUGGAAUGUAGUUGAAACGAAUCCGCAAGAUUUCACAGGCUGGGUCUAUCUCCUCCAGUAUGUAGAGCAAGAGAACCACUUGUCAGCUGCCAGGAAAGCCUUUGACAGUUUUUUCACACAUUAUCCCUAUUGCUACGGCUAUUGGAAGAAGUACGCCGACCUGGAGAAGCGGCACGGCCACACGAAGCAGGCCGACGAGGUCUAUCGGAGAGGGCUCCAGGCCAUACCUCUCAGCGUUGAUCUCUGGAUCCAUUACAUAAAUUUCCUCAAAGAGACGCUGGAUUCUAGCGACCCUGAAACUGUUGGGACCAUUAGGGGGACCUAUGAGCAUGCCGUCUUAGCUGCAGGGACAGAUUUCCGCUCAGACAAACUCUGGGAAAUGUAUAUAAACUGGGAGAAUGAGCAAGGCGAUCUGAAAGCGGUGACGGCUGUGUUUGACCGGAUUCUCGGGAUUCCAACUCAGCUGUAUAGCCAUCACUUCCAAAGGUUCAAAGACCAUGUACAGAAUAAUCUGCCACGAGAUAUUCUCGCUACGGAGCAGUUUAUUCAGCUGCGCAGGGAGUUGGCUUCUUCCGCCACUAGCCAUACUGGGGAGGGUGCACCCCCUGGUGAUGACCUCCCUUCUGGAACCGAAGAUAUAACUGAUCCCGCUAAGCUGGUAACAGAAAUAGAAAACAUGCGACACAGAAUAAUUGAGAUUCAUCAAGAAAUGUUUAAUCACAAUGAGCAUGAAGUCAGCAAGCGGUGGACCUUUGAGGAAGGGAUAAAACGUCCUUACUUUCACGUUAAACCUCUGGAGAAAACCCAGCUGAAGAACUGGAAGGAGUACUUAGACUUUGAGAUUGAGAACGGAACGCACGAGCGGGUGGUGGUCCUCUUUGAGCGCUGUGUGAUCUCCUGCGCCCUCUACGAGGAGUUCUGGAUCAAGUAUGCCAAGUACAUGGAGAGCCACAGCAUCGAGGGGGUGAGGCACGUCUACAGCCGGGCUUGCACGAUACACCUCUCUAAGAAGCCGAUGGUGCACUUGCUCUGGGCAGCCUUCGAAGAACAGCAAGGGAAUAUCAAUGAAGCCAGAAGGAUCCUUAAGACCUUUGAGGAGAAUGUUUCGGGGCUGGCAAUGAUUCGUUUACGAAGAGUUAGUUUAGAGCGGCGGCACGGGAACAUGGAGGAGGCCGAGCAUCUCCUCCAGGAAGCGGUGAAGAAUUCCAAGUCGAACUACGAAGCCUCCUUCUUCGCUGUCAAGCUGGCCCGGCACCUUUUCAAAAUCCAGAAGAAUCUCCCCAAGGCCAGGAAAGUCUUGCUGGAGGCCAUCGAUCGAGACCGGGAUAACCCAAAGCUGUAUCUCAACUUGCUGGAAAUAGAGUAUAAUGGAGAUCUGAAGCAGAAUGAAGAAAACAUCAUUGCCUCUUUUGACAAAGCUAUCACUGGAACACUGCCGAUAAAAAUGAGGAUCGUUUUUUCACAGCGAAAAGUGGAAUUCCUUGAAGACUUUGGCCUGGAUGUGAACAAGCUUUUGGAGUCUUACGAAGAACAUCAAGCCCUUCUGAAGGAGCAGGAGUCCCUCAAAAGGAAAGCAGAAAACGGCUGUGAAGAGCCAGAUGAGAAACGAGCCCACGGGGAUGAGGCAGCUCUCGCGGCCGGGCAGAUGGCAGAUGGCGACAUGCAGGCCAACCAGGCGGCCUACAAUUAUAACGCCUGGUACCAGUACAACUAUCCCAACGCGUGGAAUUACGGGCAGUAUUACCAGGCCUCUUCAACCUGAACAGAAGAACAGUGAACGGGAGCAAACGGCGUGUGAAAGUGUUUUGUUAUUUUUUAAAAAAGAUAGGGAUGUGAAGAAACCGUC